AUGGAAGGCAUGCCAGACGAUUUUCUUAAAGAUUUAAAAAAGCAGUUCCAAAUGAUAAAAGAAAAUUCCAAUGAUAAGGAAGUCAGGGAAAAGGCUUUGCAAAAUUCAGCUUCUAAGAUUGAUGAAGUAUUGUCUAAAAUAAAGACUGAGUCCCCUGACUAUUUGAGAGUAUUAUCAAUGAAAGCAUCAAUAUUAUACGAGAAUGCCAAAAUUUCUCUUACCAUUAACCAGUUCCAAAAAGCUAAGGAGUAUCUAGAGAACAGCUUGAAUUUAAUUAAGGAUCAUGCAGAGAAUGACCAAAUCGCAUUCCUGUAUUUAAGAGUUGUAAAUUAUUUAGCUUACAUUUUGUCCAGACUUGGCAAGCUUGAAAUAGCGCAGUCAUUGCUGGAGAAAGUCAUAGAUAAAGGAAUAACAUCUAACCCUAAGGUUUACAGUACCGAAGACCUAUUUUCAGACACAAAGACUGAUGAGAAUAUAGGCAAACUUAAGAUAGACAAGUUAAUGAUAAAUAAUAUGCAGAUGUUAGGUUGGGUGUACGGUAAAGUUGGUCUGAAGGAACUAUAUGCCGAAAUGCAGCACAAAUGUUUGCAGAAAGAGCUAGAUCUUAACGAUGGUGACCCAGUGCAAUGGGCUAUGAAAUGUUAUAGAUUGGCCUCUUUAUUAUUGACAGAAUGCAAGUGGGUGUUAGCUCGAUAUCACUUGGCAGCUGCUCAGGCUGUUUUAGAUCCCCUAGAAGUGGGUUUCACACCUAAUCCCUUAAUUUAUAGAGCUCAAGCGGAGUUAGCACGAGUUUGGGUAAACUAUGGCUUACAUUUAUUUAGUAUUAGUAAAAAAGCUUGCUUAGAAAGAAGAUUGAAUGAUGAGAGCGACAUAAUAGAUUUAGAAAAAUCUCCUCAAACAAAAGAGGAUGUAGGAAACUCAACAUUUAACGAUUUAGAAGUUUCUGUCCCUAACGUUCCGGUAACUGAAAUCCUUAACAUUCAAGAAGCGAAAUCCUUAUUUACAAAUACUCACAAAUGGAUAAAAAGAGCUCGUCUUUACUAUACCCUGCGAGACUAUCCUAUACAGUACGUGAAUAUUGUGUUGGAGUUGAGUGAGCUUUACAGGUUGCUAGCUUUUUACGAAGUUGAUGUCGAUUCUGCAUACAACCUUCAGAAAAAGAGGUAUGACACUUUGGAAACACUUAGCGGUAUUUUGAAAGAAGUCCGACCCAACUGUUAUGCCGCUGUUAGUGUGGAGUUGAUCCGAGAGAUAAUAGACGUGCAAAUAGAGUUGAUGAAUUUAAAUCUAAAGAAGUUAUACAAUCCCGACAGGGAGACGAAUUUAAAUGAAAGUGAUAUAAAGCGUCGCGUUGAUACUUUGAAUGACAUUCAUGCGAAGAUGGAAAAUCUUGGAGAAGAUACUCAAUUUACCUCUGAAGCUGGUGACAUUGAUAUUACUUCGGAUCAAAUCAUGGAUAAAGAUGAGGCAGAUGUUAAAUUAAAUGAAUCUAUAAAUGAAAAUAAAGGUGAAGGAGAAAUAAAAAUCGAAGAAUUGAGCGCCUAA